GCAUAGGCUCAGUCAGUGAUGAUGAGGGUGCAAACGACGUGAGAGGGACGUUAUUUCUACUCUGUGCAUGUGGCACUCAAUUUUUGAGGAAGUAAAGAAACUGAAGAACAUGGACGACAUACGUAUGCGUCCGCUGGAUGGCUUUUUACCUACAUCAACGAUCAAAAGUGGGAUUUAUGCCGUCAAGUCAGUGUUGGUGGAGAUGGAUCGAGAAGCGACAUAUCUGCACUAAAACAACGGACGCGAUGCUAGCAUGCUAGCUUGGUCUUUGAUGUUUGUUUGUCCCGACACAUAGCGCUACUGUUGUACUCUUGGGGUUAUAAUUUCAGAUGAGACGAUCAAACACUUAACGUUCCUCUCGCUUUCGAUUUGUUUUAUUACUGACUAAUUAGAUUUGCGUAAACUCAAACGGUUAACCUUACCAGGUGACACCGCGUCUUACUACAUUAGUUAGCUCACUUUAGAAGUGGCUGUUAGCGUUAACGCUAGUCAAAAUUAGUUUAGCUAAUUAACAUAGCGUUAGCACAAAAGGCAAUGUAUCCAAAAGGUAGUCAUACACAGUUUACAUAACAGUGACGAACAUAACCAGCUUGGUUUGUGAGACAGCAGUGAAGUCGCAUUAAACGUUAUGUGUUAGGCUAUUUGCAAUUAAUUGUUCUUUCAAAGGGACAAACUAGCUUAAACCGAUAACUUAGCAUCACGUUUACAAUUUGCUAUCUUCAAAAAUGAGGCUAAAGAUAAAACAGUAGGUGUUUAAAUUGAUUGCGCUAGGUAGCAACGCUUUAAAUAUACUCUUUACUUGAUCAAAACUCAAUGACGACUGUCUCACCGGAUGAGACUAAGGAAAGAGACACUAUGUGACGUUUAAGGCAAUUUUCUGUCACGGACAACAAGUCAGUUUCUCCUAACAUAAGCUAAUUUUUGACUAAAAUGUGCUAAAUUGGGGCAGAAAACUUGGCACAUCUUCAAAUGCUCUGCACAGAGUAGGUGGUAAAUCUUUCCAGAACAGCAUCAUUAAGUGUAGCUUAUAACUGCCAGAUAUGCGUCUUUCCUCGUUUUUGGCCCUGUUCAGGCCUGCUUUACCCCUUAUCCUCGGGCUGUCUCUGGGAUGCAGUCUGAGUCUUUUGAUGGUGUCCUGGACUCAAGGGGAUACCGAUGACUCCUGCAGGGACGAACUGGGCAAUGGGAGGCUUUUCCUGGGCAGAGGAGAUGCCCAGAGAGGCUCAAGAGAUGGAGCUGGAGAUGAAGACUUCCAGCCACGUAUAGUGCCCUAUCACAAAGACCCAAACAAGCCACACAAGAAAGUCCUCAGAACUCGAUAUAUCCACACUGAACUGGGCAUCAGAGAGCGGCUGCUGGUGGGUGUACUGAGCUCUCGGGCCACCCUGAACACGCUGGCCGUGGCGGUGAACCGCACAGUUGCCCACCACUUCCACCGCACUUUUUUCUUCACAGGCUUGCGUAGCCCCAAGGUGCCUCAUGGCAUGACUGUAAUUGCCCACGGUGACGACCGGCCAGUGUGGCUGAUGUACGAGACAGUGCGUCACCUCCACCAACACUAUGGCUCAGACUACGACUGGUUCUUCUUAGCCCAGGAUGACACAUACAUGCAGGCAGAUCGUCUGUCUGAGCUUGUGGGCCACCUCAGUGCGGGUCAGGACCUGUAUAUGGGCAGGGCGGAGGAGUUCAUUGGUGGAGAGGAGAAGGCACGCUACUGCCACGGGGGUUACGGCUAUCUGCUGUCUCGCAGUCUGCUGGCCCGUCUGCAACCCCAUCUUGACACCUGCCGUAAUGACAUCCUCAGUGUGAGGCCUGAUGAGUGGCUGGGCCGCUGCAUUAUUGACUACCUGGGUCUAAGCUGUGUGGAGGUGCACCAGGAGAUGACCUAUCGCUACUUCGAACUCGGGAAAAACGCCGAUCCAGAGCGUGAAGACAGCAUGCAGUUCAAAAAUGCCUUCACAGUCCAUCCUGUAUCAGAACCAAAUCUCAUGUACCGCCUACACAAACGCUUCAGCCAGAUCGAGUUGGAAUGGACUUACCAACAGAUCCAACAGCUCCAGAUGCAGAUCAGUAACCUGAGUGACCUGACACCAGAGGGUAAAGCUGGAGUCACGUGGCCUAUAGGAAUCAACCAUCCCUUCAAACCAAAAACCCGUUUUGAGGUUAUAAACUGGGAGUACUUCACGGAAGAGCAUAUUUACUCAUGCGUUGACAGCUCUCCAAAGUGUGAAAUAAGAGGAGCGGACCGCGCCGAUGUUAAUGCAGUUCUGGAGAUUGCAGUGGAGCGUCUAAAUGAACGUUACCAGCCCCAGCUGCGCUUCCGUAAACGCCGUCUACUUAAUGGGUACCGGCGCUUUGAUCCUACACGUGGUAUGGAGUACAUGCUGGACCUCGCCCUGGAGGCCUACACCCAGAAAGGCCACAGUCAAGUCAUUAUAAAACGGGUCAACCUGUUGCGUCCUCUCAGUGCCGUUGAGAUUAUCCCCAUGCCUUAUGUGACAGAGGCUACACGGGUGCAGGUCAUCCUACCUGUCACUGCCCAGGAUCAGGAUUAUGUCAGUAACUUCCUGGACAUGUAUGUGAUGAACACUCUUGAUACCCAUGAUAAUGUUUUACUCACGUUCUUGUUCAUAUAUGAUCCGUUUGAUGCGCAGCGAGUCAGCCAGACCGACGUGUUUGCUGGCAUCAAGGCCAUGAUCGGGGAGGUGGAGAAACGCUACGGUGACGUGAAGAUUCCCUGGAUCAGCGUGAAGACGGAGGUGCCUUCACAGGUCAAGCUGAUGGACAUCAUCUCUAAGAAGCAUCCAGUGGACACGCUGUUUUUCCUGUCCAGCGUCUGGACAGAAAUCAACGCUGACUUCCUGAACCGCUGCAGGAUGAAUGCCAUCAGCAACUGGCAAGUCUUCUUCCCCAUCCACUUCCAAGAGUACAGCCCUGCUGUCGUCUACCGCGACCAGCAGCCCUCCGCGGCCUCCUCCUCUUUUGCCUCUGAGUCGCUGCGAGACGGCCACUUUGACCGCCACGUCUUUGACGAGGCUUGCUUUUACAACGCGGAUUACAUGACCGCGCGGACCAAGAUGGCUGCUGACAUCUUGGACAACGAGGAGCUGCUGGAAAGCAUGGACGUGUACGACAUAUUUGUUCGCUACUCAGGCUUACACGUAUUCAGAGCUGUAGAGCCGGCGCUUAUUCAGAAAUACGUACGGCGAGCGUGCAACCCACGGUUCAGCGAGGAUAUCUACCACCGCUGUGUACUCAGCAACCUGGAGGGCCUGGGGUCACGCUCACAUCUAGCCAUGGCUCUUUUUGAGCAAGAGCAGGCCAACAGCACCUAGACGUCAUCUGGAUCACUGGGAUGACGUGCUACUUUGAGAGUGUUGAGGCCUCAUAGUUACAGCCUGGAUGCAGAAUAAUGUGAAUUGUAAUAUGGUACUUUUAUGACCCAUACACUGAAAUUCUCACACUUGUAUUUGGCAGAAAGAGAUAAAGAUCGGCUGGAAAACAACAGCAACGUCUUGUGCGCGGACACAUCGACAGAGCUGGUGAAGCUCAAACUUGUAUUCUACAGCUGAAAAUCUCUUCUGAAUUAUGAGUCUGUGUGUUUGAAUCUGUCAUGUCUAGACGAAUUAUGAGUCAUGAAAGUGUCUUCUCGCACAGCUCCCUGGACGUGGACUACAGACAUUCACAGAAUAUAGAUGAGCUGUUGUAUUCCUGCGGGUGACGUAUUUUUACAGGAGCUGAGGGACAAUAUUUAUACUCCAUUAAAUAUAUGAACUUCUGUCGUGAAAUAAUAAAUGAACAAAAGCCUUCAUUGUUAAGAAUGAAUUGAGGAAAAAAAAACUUGAGCCAUAAGUCUUCCUUUGUGAAGAUAUUUAAAAUAAUACUGGAACAAGCCGGGGCCAGUGGCUGCCUUUACUUUAAAGAUAUGUUCUGUUUUUUUAAGAGAUAUUAAAGAACGAUAUUUCUUCUGUGA